GUACCAUCAGACGAGAAGCACCUCCCACUGUGGCGACUCUUUGACUUGAUUCUGCAGCAUCUCACACUUCAAGCAACCGUCCAAGGAAUGAGUGACGUCGAGGAAACUUUCGCGUCUACAGUAGAUAUGGAGGAGAUAUUAACGAGGUUGCACACGCAUUGUGACUAUGAGCGUUUGGAAAGCGACAUGGAGCGCAUGAAGGAAGAGUUGGAUCAGGAAAGAGUCCGAGCAAUGGAGCUCGAUAACCGCAUAGCCGACCUCAACGACGGGCGAGACAGCAUCUCGAGCAGAAUUUCGAAUAUUUCAUCGUCUCCUUCCGACCCUUGUCCCUCAAUGUCGCCACUGCCACCUAUUUGCCCACCAGCGAUAGCUCCUCCGCCGCCUCCACCAUCGCUUGUUCUCGGAGCGAUGAGAAAUGACGAGACCCAGAAACGUGUGCCGAAGCCAACUGGAUCUUUGAAGUCAUUCAACUGGUUGAAACUCACCGAGUCAAAGGUCAAAGGAACGGCUUGGGAGUUUAUUGAGGACGAGAAGAUGUACAAGCAGUUGGACCUGGAGAAUGUGGCUUCAACUUUUGCAUCGAGCUCACAGAAGGAAGAGGACAUCGAUUUUUACAGUACGGUGUCCAGACGAACUCGGGAUAUACAGGUUUCUGUGAUCGAUCCUAGACGGUAUCAGAACUGCACAAUCAUGCUCUCCAAGCUGAAGCUCUCACAUAGAGAAAUUCGGGCAGCUCUUUUAGCAAUGGAUGAUAAAGGAAGACUUCCCAAAGAUAUGCUCGAGCAAAUGCUCAAGUUCGUGCCGAGCAAGGAGGAAAUCAAUCUGCUCAGGAACGCCGUCAAUCGGCACAAUUCACCAUCGGUACUGGCUUUGGCGGAUCGCUACCUUUAUGAAAUGGCUCAAAUUCCACGGUUCGAGCACCGACUUCGUUCCCUCUAUAUCAUCAGGACAUUCCAGGAGAGAUUUGACUGUCUCACUCCGCACAUACAGAGUGUCACGAAAGCAUCAUCAGCAGUUUCCUCCAGUAAGAAAUUCAAGCAAUUGUUGGCAUUGGUACUGGCUCUCGGCAAUUAUCUCAACUACGGCAAAAGGAAUGGAAACGCGUUCGGGUUCGAUCUGACAUCAUUGAACAGGCUGAACGAUGUAAAAUUCGCGUACCGUUCCGACCGAACUCUGCUGCAUUAUAUUUUGCAAGUAAUUGAGAAUCGCUUCCCUGAUCUCGGAAAGUUAAGAAGAGAACUCGCAGCUGUCUAUGACGCUGCCAGAUAUAAUCGCAACGAAGUUUUGGCCGAGAUUCGCAGUUUGGAGCAAGGGAUAACUGCUGUUCGCUCGGAGCUGGCAUUCAUGAAGGAGUCCGCCUAUCAGGAACAACUCACUCAGGUCGCAUCCAAUGAGGAAUGGAAAGAGGACCAAUUUGAAGCGGUCGCCAAACAAUUCGUCGUUUCUGCUUGCGAGCAGUACCACACUUUGGAGAAGCUGCACGGUGAGAUGAAAGCCAAGUUCUCGGCAUGCGCAGCUCAGUUCUGUUUUGAUACGCUCAAUCCUGAAGAGAUGUUUGGUUGCCUGGCCAAGUUUCUCACAGCUUUCUGUGAGGCACAACAACAGCUGUGGACGGAAAACGAACAUAAGGAGCAAGUCAAACGACAGACAAUAGCCAGGAGUUAUUUCGCCAAGAAGGGUUCGUUUUAG